AUUUCGCUUUUUUCAAGUAAAUUUUGCAGAACUAUUUUUUUGCACUUGCCUCCUAAUCUUCGGUUCAUGAUCGGCGUCACACGGAAACGAUCCUUUAAAUAACGUGAUUAGCAUGAUGGACACUGGGGAGAUAAAAGUUCAUAAUUUUUCUGAGAAUUUGUUCGACAAUGUAGUUCACUUUCAUGUUAUGAGAAUGAAAGACAGUUUAUUUGUAUGGAUAGGCCAAAAAAGAGAGUUAAAUUCAUUGUCAGUUGCAAUGUGUACCAAAUAUGAAAGCACUCCAGCUGUAAUCAAUGUCCUGGGAGAACAAUCAGACAUGACCUCUAACUUACUGGCUCAAAAAUUUGCCAAAAAAUUAAACAAGCAAUGUUUUGUCAGCUACAGUUUACCGCCAAAUAACAAACUGCUUCCCUUGGUGGAAACAAGAUUACUGAAAGAAAUAGAAAAUAAACCAAGCCAUUUUUAAAGUAAAGAACUCAAUUGAGCUGUAGGUCAAGCUGAAAAUUGCAUACAAGGUUGACCCACAGCAGCAAGAAAGGCAACCUUGAUAAUAUGAACCAUGAACAAAGAUUUUCAAUGAAGGAUUUUCUUUAGUUAGUUAGGUUUCUGUAUUAGCUUUAAAUUGAAUAGUUAACAUUGAAACAGCUCUUCCGUGUAAAAGUUUGAGGGUUUAUAUUGCUGGCAGGCAACCCCAAGUAGAAGAGAAAAAAAAAUAUGAGGCAGCAACAUCUGUUCUGCUGUUGUGCAGAUGGACCUCUUGUGCAAUUAAAGUUAAAUAUGUUGAUUGCACCUAUCAAUUUUUUCCCAGGUAGUGGCUGCAUGAAAAUCAGAUGCCUUUGACCGUAAUAGAAAUGUUGUCCCUGUUAGUUUUCUUGACGUAAUCAUUGAGGCCUGAGGGCAAUCAUCAGACCUGUUAAUAUUGGGUUAAUUUACUCGGUGUUUACCCAACCAACCAGAACAUACUGGGUGACAGAUGUCUAACUAACCUGUUAGUUGGUUUUUUAACUGGAUAAAUUCAGUGAUUUUUUCCUUGAUGAUCAUUGUUGCAGCUUGAAAAAUCCUUGAGCUUUCCCUGGAGAAUGAAGUCCAGUUUCCAAAUGGUAGAUUUAUUGGUAGUAACCGUGCUUGUCCGUGCAGUAGAUACAAUGACGUCAUGGUUACGUAGUUACGAAAUGAAUUUCUUUGAA